AUGGCCCACGUUUCUACACCUCAUCCAAAUGAUUAUAUAAAAUCGGACCAUCAUAUGUUUUUCUCUUUUCAUCCAGACAGUUCUUCAUUUUUAUCUGGAUAUUUAGGUGUAAAUACAGCAAAGAUAUCCGGUACAUUAUUAAUUAGAUUUCCGCAAGAAAUAGAAGCUAGAGAAAUAAUAUUGCAUUUUAUUGGUAGAGAAAAGGUCGAAUGGAAAGAUGAAUACAUUAUAGUUAAUAAACAAGAAAAAUUAUGGACAACUUCAAAUCCUAUAGGACACGAAUUAAUAGGAGAUUUCACUUUACCAUUUGAAUUUCAAGUUCCGUCGGAUGCUGUAGAAAGUUUUGAAUCACAUUACGGAAGUGUUCGAUACACAUUGAAAGCGGUGAUUAUUAGAAAAGAAAAGAAAAAAAAAAAUUGUGCUGAAGUUAUUGUACCAAUUUGGAGAUGGUCUCAACCACCAGAUGAAGAAUUAAGACCUUUAGUUAUUAAAUCAAAAUUUAUUCAACAAAGAAAGCAUCAAAUUGAAUGGGAAGCAGAAUUGCCACAAACAUUUUUUGAUAUUAACUCGAAAAGAUUUAAGGUUAAAUUAAAAAUGAUUUGUCAUCGUCCAGACUUGAGAAUAAGAAAAAUUAUUUCAUAUCUAAAAGGAAUUAUUAGAGAUAAAGCAGAUAAUUUAUCUUCCGAAAAAAAACAGUAUUGGUACAAAGGUGAAAUGAGUGGUAAAGAUAUUAUAAUGGUUCCAAAUGGAACCGAUACUAUAUUUGAAGCAAUGGUAGUAAUUGAUAUACCUUCUAAUAUUCUUCCAACUUGUCAAACCAUAUAUAUGAAAAUUAUUAAUGAAAUGCAAAUCAAAGUAAUUUUUGAAAGAUCUAAUACUUUUGUUUUAAUUACAAAAGAAAUUUUAGUAGGAAGGAAUAUAAAUAGGGAGUUAUCUGAUUAA